AUGUUUGAUCUUACAAAUCCAUCCAUUGAUGGAACUCUUAAUACAACAAUAUCACCAUAUUCAAGUCCAUAUACAUCAACAACUUAUCGAUCAUUUACUUCAACACCAUCAUCAUCAUCAUCUUUUCUAUUUAAUUUACCUAAUUCUAUUGAUGAUCAACAACAACAACAACAGCAACGUCUUACAAAUUUUUCAUCAUAUUCAAAUACAACACAAGAUCUUAUGACAUAUUCAAUGUUUGAUUCUGAACAGUAUACAAAUAAUCAAUAUCAUUCAACAAAUCAAACUCCAUUUUUACCUUGUUUAUAUCCAUCAUAUCGUACAAAUUUUACUACAACAUCUAAUAUUACAAAUAAUAAAAAUGAAAAUUACAUUUGUCAAUGGAUUAAUCCUGAUACAAAUCGAUUAUGUAAUCGAAUAUUUACAUGCAUGCAAGAUAUUGUAACUCAUCUGACUGUUGAACAUGUAGGUGGACCUGAACAAUCAUCUCAUACAUGUUUAUGGCUUGAUUGCGCUCGACAUGGUCGAGCAUUUAAAGCAAAAUAUAAAUUAGUUAAUCAUAUACGUGUUCAUACCGGUGAAAAACCAUUUGCUUGUCCAUUUGCACGUUGUGGAAAAGUAUUUGCACGUUCAGAAAAUCUUAAAAUACAUAAACGAACACAUACAGGAGAACGACCAUUUCGAUGUCAAUAUUGUGAACGAAGUUUUGCUAAUAGUUCUGAUAGAAAAAAACAUCAGCAUGUACAUACAUCUGAUAAACCAUAUAAUUGUCGUUUUAAUGGUUGUGAUAAAACAUAUACUCAUCCAUCAUCCUUACGUAAACAUAUGAAAAUGCAUGAAUUAGUAUCAUCUGAUUUAAUAAAUAAUGAAUUAUGUAUAAAACGAAAUCAAUCACCUCAAAUAAAUAAUUCUUUAACAACCGAUAGUUGUUCUCAAUCACCAUUAUCAUCAUUUGAAAAUCUUGUACCAAUGAAAAAUAUACCAUCAUCAAGUUAUAUGCAUUCAAUGAAUGUUUAUCAUGAUUCAAAUAAUUAUCAACAACAUUAUUCUGGAAUUAAUUUUUAA